CACUAAAUAAAGAAAACAAAAUUAUCUUCCUAAAAAUAAAGCACGUUGUCUUUCUCACCCUACAGAUGACCCAAUAUCUCCCUACCUGGGGUGGCUGUUGACUAUCACAGAGACCAAACAGCCACAGCCCUUACCAAUGCCUUCUACUGGGGGAUGCUGGGCCCCCCUGGUUGACUACCUCCCAGAAACCAUCACCCCUCGGGGACCACUCCACAGGUGCAAUAUUGCUGUGAUUUUUAUGACUGAGAUGGUGGUAGAUCACAGUGUAAGAGAAGACUGGGCUCUUCACCUGCCGUUAUUACUUCAUGCUGUCUUCUUAGGAUUGGACCAUUACCGGCCUGAAGUCUUUGAACACAGCAAAAAUUUGCUUCUUCACCUCUUGAUUGCACUGUCCUGCAACAGCAAUUUCCAUGCCAUCGCCUCUGUGCUCCUGCAGACUCGAGAAAUGGGGGAAACUAAGACUCUAACAGUCCAGCCAGCUUAUCAACCCGAGUAUCUCUACACAGGUGGCUUUGACUUCCUGAGGGAGGACCAGUCAUCACCAGUGCCAGACUCGGGGCUGAGCUCCAGUUCCACCUCUUCCAGCAUCAGUCUGGGAGGCAGCAGCGGGAACCUCCCACAGAUGUCCCAAGAGGUAGAAGACGUAGACACCACUGCUGAAACAGAUGAGAAGGCCAACAAGCUCAUUGAGUUCCUGACAACCAGGGCAUUCGGUCCACUUUGGUGCCAUGAAGACAUCACACCCAAAAAUCAAAAUUCAAAGAGUGCCGAACAACUCACAAACUUUCUACGGCACGUUUUGUCCGUAUUUAAAGAUUCUAAAUCAGGCUUCCGUCUGGAGCAACACUUGAGUGAGGUUGCAUUGCAGACAGCCCUGGCAAGUUCUUCAAGGCACUAUGCCUGUCGGUCCUUCCAGAUAUUCCGGGCAAUCAAACAACCUCUGUCAGCGCAUGCCUUGUCUGACCUUCUCUCCAGACUGGUGGAGGUGAUCGGAGAACAUGGCGAUGAGAUUCAGGGUUACGUAAUGGAAGCACUCCUGACUUUGGAAUCUGCCGUGGAUAACUUGUCUGACUGCUUGAAGAACAGUGAUCUCUUAACUGUAUUAUCUCGUUCUUCAUCACCAGAUUUAAGCUCUAGCAGUAAACUUACAGCAAGCAGAAAGAGCACAGGACAACUAAAUGUGAACCCUGGAACAAGUAGUGGCAACACAGCAACUGCAGAACGGAGCCGGCAUCAGAGAAGUUUCUCUGUGCCCAAGAAGUUUGGUGUUAUCGACCGAUCCUCAGACCCACCUCGGAGUGCCACACUGGACAGAAUUCAGGCUUGUACCCAGCAAGGUCUCUCCUCAAAAACCAGGAGCUCAUCCUCCUUGAAGGACAGCCUCACAGACCCAUCACACAUAAACCAUCCAACCAACCUGUUGGCCACCAUCUUUUGGGUCACAGUGGCCUUGAUGGAAUCUGAUUUUGAGUUUGAAUACCUCAUGGCCUUAAGGCUGUUGAACAGACUUCUGGCUCACAUGCCACUCGAUAAAGCUGAGAAUCGAGAAAAACUUGAGAAACUCCAGGCACAGCUCAAGUGGUCAGACUUCUCAGGGUUACAGCAGCUGCUGCUGAAAGGGUUCACCUCCCUCACCACCACAGACCUGACCCAGCAGCUUUUCAGUUUGCUGACACCAGUGUCCAAAGUAUCCAUGGUGGACUCAUCCCAAGCCAUCGGAUUUCCUUUGAAUGUCCUGUGUCUCCUGCCCCAGCUGAUUCAGCACUUUGAAAACCCAAACCAGUUCUGUAAGGAUAUAGCCAACAGGAUUGCUCAGGUUUGUUUGGAAGAGAAGAAUCCCAAACUUUCCAAUCUUGCACAUGUCAUGACUCUUUAUAAAACACACAGCUAUACAAGGGACUGUGCCACCUGGGUCAACGUGGUCUGCCGGUACCUUCAUGAAGCAUAUGCUGACAUCACCUUGAACAUGGUUACCUACCUGGCAGAGUUGCUGGAGAAAGGCCUCCCGAGCAUGCAGCAGCCCCUUCUCCAGGUCAUCUACAGCCUGCUCAGCUACAUGGACCUUUCGGUUGUUCCUGUAAAGCAGUUUAACGUGGAAGUUCUGAAGACCAUCGAGAAAUAUGUGCAAAGUGUUCACUGGAGAGAAGCUCUGAAUAUCUUGAAGCUGGUGGUUUCUCGGUCGGCCAGCCUCAUUUUGCCUUCCUACCAGCACAGUGACCUGUCAAAGAUAGAAAUACAUCGAGUAUGGACCAGUGCUUCUAAGGAAUUACCAGGGAAAACUCUGGACUUUCACUUUGACAUUUCAGAGACGCCAAUCAUCGGGAGGCGAUAUGAUGAACUGCAGAACUCUUCUGGCCGAGAUGGGAAGCCCAGGACUGUGGCUGUCACCCGGAGCACGUCCUCCACCUCAUCAGGCUCCAACUCCAAUGUCCUUGUUCCUGUGAGCUGGAAGAGACCCCAGUAUUCUCAGAAGAGGACAAAAGAGAAGUUGGUGCAUGUCCUUUCUCUGUGUGGCCAAGAAGUAGGAUUGAGCAAAAAUCCAUCAGUAAUUUUUUCAUCAUGUGGGGACUUGGACCUGCUGGAGCAUCAGACGAGCUUGGUCUCUUCCGAGGAUGGUGCCCGAGAACCGGAGAACAUGGAUGACACAAACAGUGAGCAACAGUUCAGAGUCUUUAGAGACUUCGAUUUCCUGGAUGUAGAACUAGAGGACGGAGAGGAGCUUCAGGGUGAGAGUAUGGACAACUUUAACUGGGGAGUACGCAGACGAUCUCUGGACAGUCUAGACAAGUGUGACAUGCAGCUUCUGGAGGAGCACCAGCUUUCGGGAAGUUCUCCCAGCCUAAAUAAAAUGAACCAUGAGGACUCUGAUGAAUCGUCUGAGGAGGAGGACCUGACCACCAGCCAAAUCCUAGAGCACUCGGACCUCAUCAUGAAUCUCUCCCCUUCUGAGGAGGUCAACCCUGUGGAAUCGCUCACUUCAGCCUGUGACAUGACCCCUGCUGACUCUCAUUCCUUUAGCACUAGAAUGGCUAGCUUUGACUCUUCUUUGCCUGAUAUGAAUAGUCUUCAGAUUUCUGAGGGUUCCAAGGCUGAAGCUGUACAGGAGGAGGAGGAGACCACCAUACACGAAGAUGAUCUUUCUACUUCCAUCAAUGAACUCCCAGCAACUUUCGAAUGUAGUGAUAGCUUUAGUCUGGAUAUGACUGAGGCAGAAGAAAAAAGCAACCAAACCCUGGACCAGUUCACUCUGGCAAGCUUUGGAGAAGGUGACAGGAGAGUCUCUCCCCCGCCCUCACCCUUCUUCUCGGCCAUCCUUGCUGCAUUUCAGCCUGCAGCCUGUGACGAUGCAGAGGAAGCCUGGCGCAGCCACAUCAACCAGCUCAUGUGCGACUCUGAUGGCUCCUGUGCUGUGUACACGUUUCACGUGUUCUCUUCCUUGUUUAAGAAUAUUCAGAAAAGGUUCUGCUUUCUAACCUGUGAUGCGGCCAGUUACCUUGGAGACAACCUCAGGGGGAUCGGGUCCAAGUUUGUCAGCUCCUCCCAAAUGCUCACCUCAUGCUCCGAGUGCCCCACACUUUUCGUGGAUGCUGAGACUCUUCUUUCUUGUGGACUUCUGGACAAGCUCAAGUUCAGUGUUUUAGAACUGCAAGAAUAUCUAGACACCUACAACAACAGAAAAGAGGCCACUCUCUCAUGGCUUGCAAAUUGUAAGGCGACAUUUGCUGGAGGAUCAAGAGAUGGCGUAAUUACCUGCCAACCAGGGGAUUCAGAAGAAAAGCAAAUGGAAUCUCUGGCACAAUUGGAACUGUGUCAGAGGUUAUAUAAGCUACACUUCCAGCUGCUGCUGCUUUUUCAGUCCUACUGUAAGCUCAUCGGCCAGGUGCACGAAGUCAGUUCCAUGCCAGAGCUGCUAAAUAUGUCCAGGGAACUGAGUGACUUAAAGAAAAAUCUGAAGGAGGCCACUGCAGCCAUUGCAGCUGACCCUCUUUAUAUAGAGGGUGUGUGGUCUGAACCAACCUUCACGUCUACCGAAGCAGCCAUCCAGUCCAUGCUGGACUGCCUGAAGAACAAUGAACUUGGCAAGGCUUUACAUCAAAUCAGGGAAUGCAGAAGUCUGUGGCCCAAUGACAUCUUUGGAAGCAGUUCUGAUGAUGAGGUCCAGACACUACUGAAUAUAUAUUUCCGUCAUCAAACUCUAGGACAAACAGGUACUUAUGCUUUGGUGGGGUCUAACCAGAGCCUGACCGAAAUCUGCACCAAGCUGAUGGAGCUGAACAUGGAGAUUCGAGAUAUGAUUCGCAGGGCCCAGAGUUAUCGAGUCCUCACUGCUUUUCUUCCAGACUCCAGUGUUUCCGGCACUAGUCUCUGACAGGAGCCCCCUGUCACCCAUGGGUCCCAAGAUGGGUGUGCUGCCAUGCUUGGGUAACAUCACUCAGUAUCUUUUCAGCCUUCAGAAGACUUGGUCAGACUGUUCUCCCUCUUGUUACCUGUUGGACUUUUUCUAAAGGGGAUGACAGAACUUCCAACAUGUAGCAAUACUAAGAACCAAGGUAACAUAAAACAUUUGAGGACAGACUCCAUCUGCCAAGCUAUGUAGCACAAAUGUGUUAUUUUACUGAGCAAAUGCAACUCACUACUGAAGAAGUGACUUCUAUUGCAUACCAAAGUCGACUACCUUGAAGAAUACCCUUCCUUUCUAGAAACUACUUUAGAUUGGCAAAAGUGCAAUGUUCCUUCACACACAAAAAAAUAUUAUAAAACUUGUACAUAUUCUUUCCCUUUAUUUUUCCUUUCUUUUCUUUCCUUUUUUUUGUGAACUGAGGAUGGGACAGGCAGAAUGAAGCUGGCCAUUGAAAACUAAAAGAUGGUCAAAAGCUGACAGCCUGUAUAUGUGAAAAGGGAAUUGUAAAUGGACAAUUUAAUGUACACUGUAAUUUGAAUACAAUUACUAUACCUAAAAGAGCUGCUAUGAAGUACCUUUCUUAUGUUGCUAGGCUACUGUUUCUUAAAACCAUGGAUCUCUUUGCAGGGGUCUGUGAUUAGGACCUUAUUACCAAAAAUUGUCCAGAUAAACCUUUUUUUAUGGAUCUUGGCUGCUUUUUACUAAAAGGUUGCUUUUAUGAGCAUAUUUAUACUACAGAUGGAUGAGUGUUAAUUUUAACCAACUUUGCCAUUUUGUAGAAGAGAGUUAAAAACAUUCACAUGAUAAAUCCCAAGUCUUUUUCACCUGUCAUGCAUGCAUAUUUUAAUAUCUAUUUGGAUAGCCAGAAGUAGAAUUAUAAAGGUAAAAUAUGAGUUAUCACUUUGUUCCUUAAGAAAUGUCAUACUUUAUUUGUAAUAUUUAUCUAAAGGGCCAUUCUUAAGUUUUCUUCCUUAAACUUAAUGCUGUCAAGUGUUAGAUAUGUGCAUGUAAACCUGUUGCACAUCAGAAACAUAUUCAAAGUUUAUCUAUGUAACUUAUUUGCUCUAUAAAUACAUUUAAAGUUUUUGUGAUGUAAUUUUGGUUGGUAUUCUGUUCAGAACUACUUUUAGACUAAAAAAAUAGAAAAUACAAAACAUAUAUUGACCAUGAACUUUAUUUCUGAUUAAUGAAGAUUUUUUCCUUUAACACACUUUACAGUUUUAGAUGUGGGUUGCCACAGUGGUAGCCCCAAGGGGCACCAUUUAUGUGUUUCAUAAAUGGCAGCCAUUGGGGUUGUUCAG